AUGGGUGAUCAUACUAAUGAAGAAUAUGAUGAUGAAAGGACCCCUCCGAGAAGAAAGAGGGCAAAGAAAGUUGAGGAUGCUGAAGAGAAAUUGCGACUCAUAGAAGAGAAGCAUAUUAGAAAGAGGACCGCGAGAAUUAAUGAUGAUUUUGAAAAUGGUGCUGGCUGGACAUCUUCAACGGCAUCAACUGCUAGCAACGGUACCUCAGAAUCUGAAUCAGAUAACUUAUCGGAGGAAGAUAUUUUGACUAAAGAUACUGUUUAUGAGGACUUUGAGCCCAAGUUUGAUUUGAUGAAGUCCAUGCUAAAAUCAAAGAAAAUGGGAAAAGAGGGAGAUAAUAGGGACGUUGUUACUAACAUGGACAAGGAGGUAAAUUUGAUGAACAAGAGACGUAAAACUGGAAAUGAAUCUGAGUUGGUGAAAAUUAGAGGAGGUAAUUGUUUAACUAUGAUCAAUAACAAAAAUAAUGACAUCAAGAACAAUAACAUUGAUGGGCCAUUGUUCAAGGAUUUGGGGGGGAUGAGUAAAGUGUUGGAAGAGUUAAAAUACGAUUUGAUUGUGCCAUUUUACAAUCCCUGUAUGCCACGAAACUUUGGCGUGAAACCGAUGUCAGGGAUCUUGUUGCAUGGCCCACCUGGGUGUGGGAAAACCAAGCUAGCCAAUGCCAUUGCCAAUGAGGCCGGUGUUCCCUUUUAUAAGAUCUGUGCUACUGAAUUGGUGUCUGGAAUUUCAGGCACAUCAGAAGAAAAUAUCAGAGAGCUAUUUUCUCAAGCCCACAAAACAGCCCCAUCCAUUGUGUUCAUAGAUGAGAUUGAUGCGAUUGCGACUAAACGGGAUAUCUCUAAUAGGGUAAUGGAGCAACGCAUUGUCCUACAACUAAUGUCAUGCAUGGAUGAGUCAUCGAGAAUUGUCAAAUCCAUAAAUGGAAGUGGGACUGCAGAGAAUUAUGAUUGCAUGCCUUCGUAUGUACUCGUUAUUGGAGCAACAAAUAGGCCUGAUUCUAUUGAUCCUGCAUUGAGGAGGCCUGGACGGUUUGACCGUGAGAUUUACAUAGGUGUCCCGAACGAAAGUGCAAGGGUUGAUAUUUUGUCCGUCAUUGUUCAAAAUAGUAAAAUAGAAGGUGCUUUUGAUCUUCUGAAGAUAGCUAAGUUCACUGCAGGGUUUGUUGGAGCUGACUUGGAAGCACUUGCAAACAAGGCUGGCUAUCUAGCAAUGAAUCGAUCAACAUGCCGACUAAGGUCCGAGGUUUCUACAAAAUCUGUAGAAGGUGAGCAUGUUGAAGAAUGGUGGAGACAAUGUUGGCCACCUGAAGAAAUAAAAAAGUCCGGCAUCACAAUGGCUGAUUUUGAGGAAGCUGCUAAAAUGGUUCAACCCUCCUUAACAAGAGAAGGAUUUUCAACAAUUCCAAACGUGAAGUGGGAGGAUGUUGGUGGUCUUCAAUUACUUAGAGAUGUGUUUGAACAGGAAAUAAUUUGUCGGAUUAAGCAUGCUGAAGAUUGUGAGGAAUAUGGGUUAGAUUUAGAGCCGGGAAUUUUGCUUUAUGGUCCUCCAGGAUGUGGAAAAACAUUAAUUGCCAAAGCAGUUGCUAGUGAAGCAGGAGCAAAUUUCAUUUAUAUUAAGGGCCCUGAACUUCUCAGUAAAUAUGUUGGUGAAAGUGAGUUGGCUGUUCGGACAUUAUUCAGGCGCGCAAGGACAUGUGCUCCGUGCAUUCUUUUUUUUGAUGAGGUGGAUACUUUGACAACCAGACGCGGUCAAGAAGGGGGUGGGGUUGUUGAGCAGCUCUUGGGUCAGCUACUGAUAGAGUUAGAUGGUGCAGAUCAGCGUAAGGGUGUGUAUGUAAUUGGUGCCACGAAUAGGCCUGAAGUCAUGGACAAUGCCCUCCUUCGACCCGGAAGAUUUGGGAUACCUCUGUAUGUCCCUCUUCCCAGUCCAUAUGAGCGUGGUUUAAUCUUGACAGCUCUUGGUAGGAAAAAGCGAAUAGAUGCCAAUGUGGACUUGGUGGCAAUUGGAAGUGACAGUGCUUGUAAAAAUUUCAGUGGAGCCGACCUAUCUGCUUUGAUGAAUGGAGCUGCUAUGGCAGCUCUUAGGGACAAGUGGAAUUCGAGGAACGAAAUUUCAGAUGCUGCGCCAGGGACCAUCAAAGAAAUACACUUCAAGCAGGCAUUGGAGAAAAUAUCUCCAUCUGUUUCAGAUGCACAAAUAAGAUGCUAUGAACUCUUGUCAAAAAGUUUCAAAGCUGCUUGA